AUGACAGCAAAAGCCAAUCUACGAUCAAAAUGCUGGAGAAAGAAUGGCUUUCUUGUGUCAACUGACGCGGGUCUCCUGCCGAUCCCCAAAGUCAUGGAGAUAUUUGGCUCGGCGGAUUUCUACUGGGCCAAGGCUCUCUCACCAACCGCCAUGCAGGAAGCAAUCGACAAUUCGCUCUGCUUUGGCCUCUACGAGGAAAAGGAAAUAGUAGAGCCGAUGGAUGAUUCGGACGAUCCUGCCAACACGAACCUUGUCGGUUUCGCGCGAUGCAUCACAGACUUUGUCACGUUCCUGUACAUUACAGAUGUAUGGGUUGACCCAGCACAGCAGGGCAAGGGUCUCGGCACAUGGCUCGUCAACUGCGUCCAAGAGGUGGUUGAGGCCAUGCCCGACCUCCGGAAAAGCCUGCUCUUCACCGGUGAUUGGGCGCGAUCGGUCCCCUUUUAUGAGAAGUUGAUGGGCAUGACGGUGGUGGAUUCACAGCCAGGUGAAGGGCUCGCCGUCAUGGAGAGGAAGGGCAGAGGCCACCCCAGUUAUGGCCGGCCCGGCACCAGCUACAAUUGGAAGGAGGAUGAGACCCGCCAUUGA